CCAAAAAACUGAAAAAAUUAUUUUUCAUUUGCCCAUUUUUCUCUGCCUUCUUCUGCUUCUCCUUUUUCUUCAACUUCCCAAAUAUUUGUUUUGUUUUCUUCACACUUGUUUAGUUUAUCCUUCAUCUUCUUUUAGGACAACUGUCUUCUUUCUCGUUACUCUGUGUUUCGCUCUUAAGAAUUAGACAAAUCGUUGCAUAUUUAUUUAUUUCGAACUUGUUGUUUCUUUGUUUCUCUAUGAUCAGUGGCCUUUAUUCAAGAAUUUUGAUGUUUUGUUGGUGAGAAGGAUGAAGAUUCAGAUCUAUAAAGGGGAAAAUUUUGAAGUGAACAGGGUCUGAAGAGCUACAGUUCUGUGUUGGGAUUUUAGAUCGUGUGGUUUCUUGGAAUUUUUUGGAUCUUGGAGCUUAAUAUUGACUGAAUUUGAAAGUGACCGUUGAUAUUUCUGGGUUUGGGCACUGAAGAGAAUUUAUUAGCUAAACAAGGAAUACUGUUUGUUUCAGCAAAAAUGAAUAUACCAGAUCAAAGUGAGUCGGACACUACACCUCCCAGCAGAAGUAGGAUCUCACUUGCUGUGGGAGCUCGCAUUCAGCUUGAAGAGCAAGUUACUCCAGCAGAAGAAUAUGCUCCUAAGAUAAGAAAGCCAUACACCAUUUCAAAGCAAAGAGAGAGGUGGUCAGAGGAAGAACAUAAGAAGUUCCUUGAAGCUUUAAGGCUGCAUGGUAGGGCAUGGCGACGUAUAGAAGAGCACGUGGGCACCAAAACUGCAGUUCAGAUCAGAAGCCAUGCUCAGAAGUUUUUCUCAAAGGUUGUUCGUGAAUUGAAUAAUGGUGAUGCAAGCUCUGUGAAAUCCAUUGAGAUCCCUCCUCCUCGGCCUAAAAGAAAACCAAUGCACCCUUAUCCACGUAAAAUGGCAACUCCAGUUAAAAGUGGAACCCUAGCUCCAGAGAAAUUGAAGAGCUCUACUUCACCUGAUCUCUGUCUCUCUGAACCAGAGGAUCAGUCUCCUACCACUGUGUUGUCUGCCCUAGGUUCUUUUGCAUUUGGCACUGUACAUUCCAGUAAGCCAAGUGAGCACUCAUCACCUGUUUCAUCAGAUGUUGCUGAAAAUUCUGGUGAUGUUGUACUUUCUGAACCAUCCGAUAUCAUUCUUGAGGAGAGAAGAUCUUCACCCGCCCGAGGUUAUGCUAGUUCAAAUCAAGACAACCAGUCUUGCAUGAAACUAGAUUUGUUUCCGGAAGACAAUGAUUUUGUGAAAGAAGGCUUAGAUGAGGCAUCAUCCACGCAGUGUCUGAAGUUGUUUGGUAAAACUGUAUUAGUCACUGAUUCUUAUAAGCCAUCUUCAACUUGUGGCGAAAUAUUGCUGACAGAUGAGAAUGAUGAACCAGCGUCACCGACAUUGCCUCAAAGCUCCGUCCCUACGAAAUAUUUGCGCUGGGGUUCAGAAUGUCCCCGAAGUACCUUAACUAUUGGACUCCCUGCACAAUCAUAUUACAUCCCCGCACCAAAUGGAAGUUCAGGACCUAAUCAAAGUACCACUUCCCCUCUUUUGCCGUGGGGCUCAUCAUAUGUAUCUGAUAAAUUUCCUUGUGCUCAGGUGCAUAGCCCAAUUCCAAUCAAGGGAUGUCCACUCUUUAAUGAAACAGGUUUGGAUGAUAAGGAAACUCAAAAGGAAGGGUCUUCCACCGCCUCCAACGCAGAAUCAGCAGAUGUGGAGUCGAGUGGAGACACGAAUUUGGAAAUUGAAGCUCAAAGUGGUAACGGCAAUCUGGUUGUAGUGUCCGUCAGAGUCAGUGUACCCCCUCUGUUUGAGCGAAGAGCAAAUUUCACAAAGCGUGUGGAGGGUUUUGUUCCAUAUAAGAGAUGUUUGGCUGAAGGAGGCAUCAGUUCCUCAACAAUAACCGGAGAAGAAAGAGAGGAGCAACGAACCCGAUUAUGUUUGUAGUUACUUUCUCGUGCUUUGCUUUGUUUGUUUGUAAAGGUUAGCACAUCCCUUUUUGGUUCUAAUUAUAAUGUCAGUUUGCUGGGGAACUGAAAGAAGAGAAACAAGACCAUGGCUGUAAAGGCGGCUCAUCCCUCUAGCUUUUGCCGAAUGGCAGAAGCAGCCUUCCUAAUUCGGCAGAAGCAGCCUUCCUAAUUUUUCGAAAUCAAUUGUUUAAAUGUAUAUUGAUAAAUUAAGUGUGAAUUCAUCUCAUCACUUGCAGUUUUGGCAGAUGAGCUAACGCUCAAAUAACUCUACUAUUAGAUUUUGCGUUGCUCGCUUA